AAGACGGAUCUCCGAGUAGCGACAGUAUUUAUUAGCUCGGCAGACUACCAAGUUAUCGUGACUUGAGCUGCACGGUCAGAAACACACACACACACGUACGUGAGUCUGUUUCUGCAUUUCUCGAGAGAACGUAAAGUGUGCUAGUGUGUGUGUGUGUGUGUGUGAUGUUUAUACGUGAAUUUUUUGUGUGUGCCAUCAUGAUUGGGAAACCUGCGUAUUAAUUGAAUUUAGUUUGGGCAUUUCCAUUAGCCAGUCCCUCUUAUUCGCACCGACUUUUUUCAUCACCAACGUGUUAUCACGCGUUGUGCUGCUCCCAUCUGUGUUGGUUUUAAAACAGUCGUGUUGCUCAGUUUUGUCGUGCAAUCAAGUGGAGGUAAAAACCCAACCUUUUUUCUUUGAAGAAGAAAGAAAAGGAAAAAUCUAAGUGGUGCCAGGGCGGGAGAACGACGAAAGAAAAGGUGAUCUCAGCCCGAGGCUAUGUGACAUUCCAAUCAACCUGUUGGUUGCUGGAACCCGUUUUUUUUUUUUUUUUACUCCAUUGCUCCCACCUGAUUGCACACACACACACCAACCACACAGACUAUUCCAACGAAAAAGGGCCAGUUUUGUGUGUGUGCGAAUUUCACUGCCAUCCAAAAGUCAAACUUCGCCAUAAUUGUGAUUGUGUUUUUCAUAAAAUUUUGGAUCCAAGCUCCAUCAUGGAUGAUGGUAAUGGUCAGGUGACCUUUAUGUUCCAAGUUGGACUGGUACGAGACUUUAUCUCCACGGAUGCCUCCCAGUUAACGCUGAAAACGCUCAAAGAUUUGGCCUGCAACUUUAUUAAUCAACGGUUCUUGGAUCAUGGCAUACCACGACUCAACGAGUGCGUCAACCUCUUUCGUCACGACAAUACCAAACCCAACAUUUUGCAGCUCAUCAACUCUGCCUCGGAGAUCACCGACGAUACACUCGUCGAGAUUGUCCUUUCGGCCAACAUUCCCCAAGAUGGCGUGCAAAUCCGUCCGCACCAACUGAACGUGCACUCGUACAAGUCGCCUGCCUUUUGCGACUUUUGCGGCGAGAUGCUCUUCGGCCUUGUCCGCCAAGGAUUGAAAUGCGAAUUUUGCGGCUUGAGCUUCCAUAAAAGAUGCGUCUACAAAAUCCCCAACAACUGUUCGUACACUCGGAGCCGGCGGUCGUCAUCGUCGUUGACGCCGUCGCUAUUGACGCCGUCACUUUUGCCGCCACCAUCCAAUGUUCUGCCUCGCAGCCCGUCCGACUCCAUGUCCUGCAGUGAUGAAUCCAUUACAGUUAGCGUCAUGCGCAGCGUGUCCAACAGCCCGUCGAGCGGCAGCACCAGUCCGAGUAUUCAAAAACACGGCCGGCCUUCCAUUAGCGCCGGACGUCCUUUUUGGAUCGAGAAGGAAAUGGCGGGCCGCAUCAAGAUCCCGCACACAUUUGUCGUCCACUCGUACACGAAGCCGACCGUGUGCCACUUUUGUCGUAAGCUCCUGAAAGGACUCUUUAAGCAAGGUCUCCAAUGCCGCGAUUGUCGCUUCAACGUCCAUCGCAAAUGCAAGGACAACAUUCCCAACACGUGCACGGGCGAAGCCCCCAAGGAGCCAGGAGUGGAGACAGACACGGAAGGAACGGACGAGCAAUUGGCUCCUAUGGCGGACGGAGUGGACGAAGACAGCGAUGACGACAUCUCCAUUACACACAGUCACAACAUGCCCGAUGAUUGUAUCCCCGAAGUGGCAGAUGACAUCACGAUCAAAAUUCGACCCAGCAGUCCUACAAUGAGCAGCAACAUCCCGCUAAUGCGCAUUGUUCAAUCGGUGAAACACACCAAAAGGAGGGGCUCCAACGUUCUCAAGGAGGGCUGGAUGAUUCAUUACACCAACAAGGAUCCUUCCAGACGGAGACAUUUCUGGCGGCUGGACACCAAGUCCAUUACUUUGUACCAAAACGAAACGGGCAAACAUUUUUAUAAGGAGCUGCCAUUAUCAGAAAUCUUGGCCGUCGAGACCGCCAAAGAUCGCAUGCACUGUUUCGAGUUGAGGACGGCCAAUGUGGACUAUUACAUCGGCGAGGAUCCCCAUUUCGGACAGAAAGAGAAUGGCAACGGAGCCUCUGCACUUCCGCAGGCACUUGAAACUGGCCUUGGUGUUCAUUUGGCCAAAUCAUGGGAAACGGCCAUCCGUCAGGCUUUAUUACCCUUGACAAAUAACUCGCAAGGAGCUACUGCGUCACCGUCUCCCCUGACAAAACCGGCUGCAGGGGAUAGUAAUAGUGACAGAGAACAAGAAAUCGGUUCGGAUAUCGGACAAGUGUAUCAAAUCUUUCCCGAUGAAGUGCUAGGAUCUGGCCAGUUUGGUGUCGUCUACGGAGGAGCACAUCGCAAGACAAACAGACCGGUGGCCAUCAAAGUUAUUGACAAAAUGCGCUUUCCAACUAAGCAAGCGGAUCAGCUCAAGAACGAGGUCUGCAUCCUGCAGAAUUUGUCGCACCCGGGCGUGGUCAAUUUGGAGCGCAUGUUUGAAACCCCCGAGCGUAUUUUUGUCGUCAUGGAGAAACUUAAAGGCGACAUGUUGGAGAUGAUUCUCUCGAGUGAAAAGGGAAGGCUGUCUGAGCGCAUCACAAAGUUCCUCGUUACCCAGAUUCUCGUUGCGCUGAAGCACUUGCACAGCAAGAACAUUGUUCACUGCGACCUUAAACCGGAGAAUGUUCUCCUUUCAACCAAUGCCGAAUUCCCGCAGGUUAAACUGUGUGACUUUGGUUUCGCUCGUAUUAUUGGAGAAAAAUCUUUCCGACGAUCUGUGGUUGGAACGCCCGCUUAUCUUGCUCCAGAGGUGUUGCGCAACAAGGGCUACAAUCGAUCGCUGGACAUGUGGAGUGUUGGCGUUAUUGUCUACGUAAGUCUAAGUGGCACAUUCCCUUUCAACGAAGACGAAGACAUCAACGACCAAAUCCAAAAUGCAGCCUUCAUGUACCCGCCUAGUCCUUGGAAGGAAAUCUCUUCUGACGCCAUCGAUUUGAUAGCCAAUGUGCUGCAAGUGAAACAGCGAAAGCGCUACACUGUUGACAAGUCGCUCAACCACAUUUGGUUGCAGGAUUAUCAAACGUGGUGUGACUUACGUGAACUCGAGCGCCAAAUCGGCAUCCGCUACGCCACCCAUGAAUCAGAUGACGCCCGCUGGGAGGCUUAUAGACGAGAGCAUGUUUUGGAUAACGGCGAAAAUUUUAACGCUGCCUACGGUAGACUUCGGCUUUAGAGUAAAUGGCCAACGAAAAGGAAAAAAAAAAUAACGGGAUAGACAAUAAUAGCAUGAAGAGCAGGUAGGGAGGGGGGAGUAGGUAGGGCGGUGUCUCUCUUUUUCUGUGGUUGUUUUAAUUACAACGGUGGCCUUUUCCGUCGCGCUUAUUCGCUGUUACGCCCAAUUCUUUUGCUCUCCUCCCCACGUUUAAGAGAAAAGAGAAAACAAAACAAAA